GGUUGUCCGCGCGGGGCUGCCGGGGUCGUCUUCGCGCUCGGGCUUCAGAGGGCCGAUGAAAGCGGCGGCCCAGAGACUCAUGAAGGUGUUCGUGACGCGGAGGAUCCCCCCGGAGGGGCUGGCGGUCUUAAACCAGGCCGGGGAUUGCAGUGUCCAGCAGUGGGAUUCCGAUGAACCUAUCCCAAAGUCGGAGUUGCUAGCAGGCAUAGCUGGCAAGGAUGGGCUCCUGUGUCUCCUGUCUGACCAGAUAGACAAGGAAGUCCUGGAUGCAGCAGGGCCAACCCUUAAAGUAAUCAGUACCUUGUCGGUGGGAUAUGAUCAUCUUGCAAUUGCUGAAAUAAAGAAACGUGGAAUCCGUGUGGGCUACACGCCGGACAUCCUGACAGAUGCCACUGCUGAGCUCACAGUAGCUUUGCUCCUAGCAACAUCGCGCAGGCUGCCGGAAUCAGUGGUGGAAGUGAAAAAUGGCGGCUGGACAACUUGGAAGCCUCUCUGGAUGUGCGGCUAUGGACUUUCUGGCAGCACAGUUGGGAUCAUCGGACUGGGAAGAAUAGGACAGGCCGUAGCACGCCGUCUGAAACCAUUUGGAGUCAAAACAUUUUUGUAUGCAGGACAGAAGCCCAGACCAGAAAGUGCUGCGGAAUUGAAUGCUGAGUUUGUACCACUUGCCAGACUAGCAGAGGAGUCAGAUUUUGUCAUUGUAACGUGCUCUCUGACACCCGAGACCCAGGGGAUGUGCAACCGGGAUUUCUUUUGCAAGAUGAAGAAAACAUCAGUGUUUAUUAACACCAGCAGAGGUGCUGUGGUCAAUCAGCAUGACCUUUAUGAAGCAUUAGUGAAUGGCCACAUUGCAGCUGCUGGUUUGGAUGUUACAACACCAGAACCUCUGCCUACUGAUAAUCCACUACUUUCCCUCAAGAACUGUGUAAUUUUGCCUCAUAUCGGAAGUGCCACCUAUGCAACAAGGAAUAAAAUGUCAGUGUUGACUGCCAACAAUCUUCUGGCUGGCUUGAAAGGAGAAAGCAUGCCAAGUGAACUCAAACUGUGAGAAGCAAUACUAUAUUGGUCAGUAUAAACGGCUUUAAAUCUUGGUAGAUUUUUGCCCCCAUUGUAUAGCAAUGGUGCAAACUGGAUUCAAAUAAAAUGUAAGAAUUUAUAUAGCAAA